AUGAGUCCUCAGUCUCAGUCUCAGUAUCAGCCCAUCCUUCCCGCACCAGACGCCUCGGGUGCUUCUGGCGGUCAGGACCCAGAUAAACGGGUAAGUAAGCGGAGACGCGCCAACAGGCCCAAUGCCUGUGAGAACUGCCGAGUGAAAAAAGCCCGUUGCGACGGCAAAAGACCCAGCUGUUCAAAGUGUGAGAGAUGGGGUACUACCUGCGUCUACAGUGUCGACCAUGUGUCCAAUGUAGAAAGGGAACUCAAGGAGCACCGUGAUGUUCUUGAGCUGUUACUCUCCCUACCUGCAGACCAAGCCCUCGCUGCUCAUCGCCAACUAAGAGGCGCGACUAACUUGACUGAUGUCUUGUCUUCCCUCCAGGGCAGUAUGCACGGGAGGCAUCAACCUUCUACUAUACGGACUGCCCAGGCCAUAUCGCCGCCCACAUCAUCAGGUCUCGAGUUUGAGCUGACGGUGCGGCAUGGAGUCGCGUAUCCCACCUUGUUUCCCUUGGACCUCGCCUCUUUAAGCGCCGAUCCCAGGUUGAGGCCUAUUCAGAGAUCGCCAGGUCAGGUUAUUCUGAUUGAAGGCUCUUCACCGUCUGACAGCACCACGUCGCCUUCGACAGCAUCCAGCAAUAGCCACGCUACACCGAGCACGCUAUCCUUCGUCAAACAAGAGGAAGAGCCCGUUGGACCCCAUCGCGACACAUACUGUGACGAAAGGUUACACAGAUUGCGGAUUGGUUACUGGACAGGCGUAGCCAUUCAAGAUGAAGUCGCUGCCCGUGUAAUUUCGCAUUACCUUCAAAGUAACCACACCAUUUUUGGCUUCUUCGACCCCAACCUUUUUAUACACGACCUCGUCGAGCAUCGCCAUGAGUACUGCUCAUCAUUUCUAGUGAAUGCCCUGCUGGCCCACGCCUGUCAAGGUUACUCGGUCGUUGACGAAACAGUCGGCGCCCUGAGUCAAGAUUUCGUAAGAGACGCUGGUGUUUUGUGGCGCGCUGAGAGAUCCACCGACUCGCUAGUCAACGUAGCCUCCAUUCUCAUGCUGAGUGUCAGUUGCCAUUUACAAAGAUCAGACAUUGAUAGUCAAGAUCUUCUCGAUGAUGGACGUGUAAUGGCUGAGCGGAUGAAGCUUUUCGGUGUGCGGCAUACGCCGGAAAAUGCUGCGUCUUUUGAAGCUAUGGAGCCUGAUGCGAAGCGUGCAACGGCGCACACUGCCUGGGGCGCCUACAGCUACCUCACACUCAACUCGUUCUGGGUUCCAACGAGACCCAUUACUUUCCCACCCAUGUUUCCCGUUCCGGGGAGAAACGAUCAAGAUGUGUUAGAUGAAAGGUUAGCAGUUCAUUGGCCUUGUCACUUCAUACCUGACUAUACAGGCAAAACGUUUCAAGCGCUAUGUGAGCUGUGGACCAUAAUGCAAGAGGUUGUGGCUGUUUACUUUGCCCAGCAGGGUGCGACCAUGAGGAUUCCUCUUGCUUUCGUCGAAGCAAAAUAUCAGAAGAUUUUGUCGUUUACAGACUCUUUACCACCGGAGAUGUCUUCUAUCGACCCAGGUAAUAUGUCUGACCAUGUUUUGGCGUUCAACAUUCUAGUGCAUGUCGCCAUUACAAAUAUCUUUCAUCCUUUCAUCAUGGAUCCUAAUAAUGAGCAUCUUGACCCUGCUUCUCUCGAAUCUCCGAAAGCUGUUUUACGCGCUUCGAUUAACCAGCUUCAACGUCUCAUCCUCAUUAGCAGGCUUCACCAUCCGAAAGCCCACGCCCUUAGCGUUCUAAGCUCGGCUGUGGUGCACGUGAGCAACACGAUCAUCCGAGAUGCAGCACUUCAAAACCAAACUAUACGGCCCGACUUUAGUAUCACCGAUCAAGACAGUACUGAUAGAAACCCCAACUGGUAUUUCUAUUUCUUGGUGUGUUUAGCAGCAUGUCAAGAUCUAGGGUCUUGUUUCCCUGUUUUCGAACCAGUUGGAAAGGGACUGCUCGCCAUGGCUCUACGUGAUGGUAGUAUGUCAGCUGUCGAGGCCAAUAGACUUAUGCGUGCUCUGGAAGGAAAACGACCGAAGCCGGAAGAGAAGAAGGGUGAAUUUGGGAGUUUUGUACUGGAUUUCGAUCUGGAAGCUACAAAGCAGGGAGGUGGACAGGUCAAGGAUCUGGCAGCGCAGUUUGAAGAGUUUAGUAUGCAUAGCGAGUUUACGGAAGGAGGAGAUUUUGUGGUUGAUUGA